GGCCGGAGCGCCGUCCGGAAGUGAGGCAACAGGGGUAUGUCCGGUGACGUCAGUGCGUCUGGACUGGACGGCAUUAGAUCUGCAGCUGUUUGGAGAGAAACAACAAUAACACGAACAACCCUCGCACGGAACGCGCUCUGGACCGCAGGAGCCCGACGCCUCUUUCCCUUCCCCCGGGCUUCACCGGCUUCUAACCACGGCCGCUCUCGGUGAGGAAACUCUGGCCUCCGCUUCCUCCUCCUCCGACUCGGACACCGGCGGAGCGUCGCCGCCCCCGCGGAAGAAGCACCGAUCCUCGGCGGCGGAGGGAGUAGGAGAGCCCGGGGCUUCAGCGGGCCUUACGUCAGCGACCCACCUCAGCCGAACCGGCACCAACAUGCAGUCGAACGGGACCGUACAGGAGCAGAACCACCCGGCCAGCGCGCAGAACGGAGAUGCCAACGGCCUCCAGAGCAACGCAGGCUCGGCUUCGGGGGCCUCCGGGACAGGUUCGGGUUCCCUGAAGAAGAAAAAGCGUCUGUCUCAGGCAGAGGAGGACGUGAUCCGCCUCAUCGGACAGCAUCUGAACGGGUUAGGGCUGAAUCAGACGGUGGAUUUGUUAAUGCAGGAAUCUGGCUGUAGACUGGAGCAUCCAUCAGCCACAAAGUUCCGGAACCACGUCAUGGAAGGCGAAUGGGACAAGGCUGAAAAUGACCUCAACGAGCUGAAAGCAUUGAUGCAUUCACCCAGCGCUAUUGUGCGGAUGAAGUUUCUGCUAUUACAGCAGAAGUAUCUGGAGUAUUUGGAGGACGGAAAAGUUCUGGAAGCUCUUCAGGUGUUGAGAGGAGAGUUGACUCCGCUCAAAUACAACACAGAUCGAAUCCACGUGCUCAGCGGGUAUCUGAUGUGCAGUCACCCUGAGGAUCUGAAGGCAAAGGCUGAAUGGGAGGGAAAAGGCGCUGGGUCACGAUGUAGAUUACUGGACAAACUCCAGAGUGAGUGUACAACCACACACACACACAUUUACAGAUCUGACUCUCUUCUUUCACCUGGCGGUCAGACAGGAGAACUGCGGACAAAGAUGAGUCAGUCUCAUGAGGACAGCUUGACCAGCGUCGCCUGGAACCCUGACGGCAAGCGCUUUGUUACAGGAGGACAGAGAGGGCAGUUUUACCAGUGUGAUCUUGACGGAAACCUGUUGGAGUCGUGGGAAGGCGUGCGUGUGCAGUGCCUCUGGUGUAUGGCCGACGGCCGGACUGUUCUCGCCUCUGAUACGCACCAGAGGAUCCGUGGAUACAGUUUCGAGGACCUAACAGACAGAAACAUAGUUCAGGAGGAUCAUCCUAUAAUGUCUUUCACUGUUUCCAAGAAUGGAAGAUUAGCUUUGUUAAAUGUAGCAACUCAGGGCGUUCAUCUCUGGGACCUACAGGACCGUGUGUUGGUCAGGAAGUAUCAGGGUGUGACACAGGGUUUCUACACCAUUCACUCCUGCUUCGGUGGACACAACGAGGAUUUCAUCGCUAGCGGCAGUGAAGAUCAUAAGGUAUAUAUUUGGCACAAGCGCAGCGAGCUGCCGAUCGUGGAGUUGACGGGACACACACGCACCGUGAACUGUGUCAGUUGGAACCCCUGUAUUCCCAAUCUUAUGGCCAGCGCUUCUGACGACGGCACAGUCCGCAUCUGGGGACCCGCACCCUUCCUGGACGCACAAGAGCAGGACGGCCUCAAUGAGAGUUGCAGCAGUAUGGACAGUUGAUGGCAGCCCUGGAACAGAAGACUUGUCGCAUCGAAAAAUGCGAAAUCCAACAGAGAAAAACACAAUUACAGCAUUGUCCUCCUCCACAACAACGCACGAGUCCAAACGCGAAAGAGUUUCAGAGCCUCGCUUUCAGGUGUCCGGAGGCAGCAGAGACCUGACGCUGAUUCGACCCGCUUCCAUACCGACGGAUCUGAUCUCUUUCCCUCCACGGCUGUUCCCACAUUAUUACCCUUUCAUUAGGCCUGAAGACGAGAGCUGGAGCGCCCGGCCGGGUGUAUAAACUCACACUCAAUGUUUUUCUCUCUCUCGCUCUCAAUCCUCCAGCGGCAGAGGACGAAACACUUUUUUUUAAAGAAAUAGCAAUUCUCUCUUUCGUUCCUUUAGCAGUUGAUCAGCUUGGGCUUUAGUGUUGAUGGAGUGCUGUAGUUUUUCCGUUUUUUUUUUUUUUUUUAUCUUUCAGAACACAAAUGCAUUGGUUUCAACCGGACUCGCACGCAUCAGCAAGGGGUCAGAGGUCGCCAUUUCGAUCUCUGAGAGUUUAAAUGUUCGACUGAAUUCUGCUUCGGCCUCCCUCCUGUAGCACAGCCCGUGUGUGAGAGUGUGAGUGUUCAAAUGUGCCUAAAGUUGGUGUACGUUCGCAUGUGGCACUGUUCUCACACCAGCGUGAGCGUGUCCCUUGUUUAGCCGUGCGAAUCGUUUUAACAGAAUCUGAUCGAAGCCCCAGAGACCUUCAUCUGUGGAACAAAAACUUGAGAAGCAUUUUUUGUUUUGUUUUUUAAAAAAGAAAGCUAUUAGCGAAGUUCCUCGUUUUCACCACUUACCUUAGAGAGGUGGCGUUCGGGAGAGAGACUUUGUAAUAUUAGUACAAAAAUAAAUCGACUUUGCGGGCGAAACGCACAGCUUUAAACAGAAAGAUACUGUGACACUCAAAAUGUCAAUCAGAUAUUCGGCUCCUGAUGAGGAGUUUGUGGCGUAUAAAUGACCUAUGCAGCAACGUUUGAGCUGAGAGCCCCCAUAUAAAGUUUCUCGCAGCAGCCAUACCAGCAUUAAAAUAAAACCGUCUUCAAAUCCACAAUGAUUUCAUCCACACGAAAGCUCUGCCUGUACGCUAGUUGAGUUAUAUCCACACGGUCACGUUCCCUGAUCUGAGAUGUUUCCACCAAAUAUCCAGCUUUUGAGUCCCGUUUUUGGAGAGAAAUAUUUGCUAUGGACUGAUAUUAAAUGUUUGAAAAGAAAUGCUUUUCUGCCUGUUUUUAUGGAAGUUUUUGUUACUUUUUUUGGUUUACAAUAUUUUGUUU